UAAGAAAGAGAUAAAUCUUAUUCGCUCUUCGUUCAUUUGUAUUUCUCCUUAAUCACCGGCCAUUCAAAGGCAGCCUUUGAAUAAGUUCACAGCAGAGGUGAAUUUAUGCAAUCUCGUGGUUUUCAUGUCCAACCCUUGAAAUAUUUUUAUACUCUUGAUGAAUCUGUUCUACCGCUGGCCUGAUUUUUCCAAUGCUGCGGUGAAAGGAGAGUAGUAGAUGGCUUCCGCGAUACAAUACAUAUUUUAGCAGCUAUGGCGGAAAAGAAUCUUGGACCACUAGACUUAAGAGUCAUCACACGGACUUUCUCCCGUUGCUGUUGACCGUAGUGGUCUGGGUCUCAGUCAUGGCUCUGGGAGUCUUGUCUGUGUUAUGCUGGAAGCGGUUCAGGAACCUCUCUUUCAUGGAACAGUUUCUGGACUACAGACAGGUCCCAACAGCAACUGAAGCCAACGAAAAUACUCAAGAAAUAAGGAAUGGACACGCCACAGAGGUCAAGGAAACACUUGAUGAAGAAGAAAACCACGAGAAAGAUACCUCUGAGAAGAAGCAGAAGCCACCUCCUCGCCAGUUUCCUUCCCAGCCCCCUCCUCCUUGGAUCCCUAAACCUGAAGUUAGUGUGGUAUCUGUUCAGCCCCAGGACUCCUCAAUUAAAGAUGACGAUGAAAUUCCUUAUUCUAGUUCAGAUGAAGAACCAAUGCCGUCCCCAGCAACUCGGGAAACUAUGACGCCCUACGAUCUAUCAGACUCAGGUCCCGUAGAGCGCUUUAUUCCUCCGAGCGAGGCAGAUUUCCUUGGUCGAGUGUAUUUUUCGCUGCAGUUUGACUCCAAUAGGAAUGUCUUGAUUGUAAAGUUGAUCAAAGGAGAGGAAUUUCCACAAUACGCUGGAGACUCUCCAAAUGUCUUCCUUGAACUUAAACUAGUUCCAGCCAUGAAGAAAGAAAUUCUGAAAACUGACAUUCACGAAAGAAAUUCGAAUCCUAACUUUAACGAAAUCUUCGAGUUUGGUUUACCUUACGACCUGGUGAAACAGCAGAACCUUAGUUUCACAGUAAUGUACAUGGACAAAUUUUCACACCCCUUCCCUGUGGGGGAGGUGACGCAUCACCUGGAUCACUUAGAGAGGGUGGGUGGCGAAACAGUUCGAGAAGAGAUGAUCGUGUGUAGGGAAAUACAAAGAUUACAACAGAUCAAAGAUCAGCCACGUGACUUGGGCUUUGGUCAGGUGUUAUUCUCGCUUAUGUUUAUGCCGCUGACCAGACGAUUAACGAUUGUUAUUUUCAAGGCACAGCAUCUAAAGCCCGCCAAGGAGGGUUUCCCAGCCAUUUAUGCUGAAGUUGUAAUGAUUAACGUCAAAAAGAGACAACGGAAGCGAAAAACAACAACUCUACGAACAGGAAGCUUAUUUCCGGUUUAUAACGAAGCUUUAGCAUUUGAUGUGGCGGAUGCUAACCUAGAAGACAUUCGUUUGCAAGUUUUUGUUAAACAGGAAUUGGAAAGUUCUCCUGAUCAAGUUGUUGGCCGCGUGGUCCUGGGAACUAACGCAGAGGGCUUGGAACUGCAGCACUGGAAAGAGGCUAUGACGUCAAAGAAACCAAUUGCUCAGUGGCAUAGUUUACGGGAAUAUCACCCGGCAGAUCAGGCAAUAACUGGCGUCUUAUCACCUACUCAUAAGUCUGUUAUAUCCAAAAAAAAACUUGCCAGGUUCUUCUCUACAUCAUCGGAGGAUGAGGGAUGAAAACUUUUCAUUGAAAAAGAUAUAUACAAGUCUGUUGUAUUUCCUGGGAAUGAGCCUCAUGUGCCCGUCGCUAUCUGUUUCCCAGGCAACAGCAAAGUGUAAGGAUGAAGACGUUGAUGACUACGGUACUGUUACUCGUUCACUCGUACCCAGAUCACAAUGUUGCUCUUACUCUGCCGAUGCCUGAAGAAAUAGACUGGAGCGCAGAGUGAACACAAAUUGACUUUCAUGUUAAAAUCAUGGCUCUAUUCGCGUCUAAGUUUUCUUAGUUCCAAAAUCCAAAGCACAUGGGAAUGUAAAAAGAAAAAAAAAAGAAAAGAAAAUGCCCAUGGUCUUGAAUAUUUUUUUCUUCUUCAACACAACCAAGUCUGUUCGUUUAAAAAGUUGAAACCUCCAGGAAAUGUCUGUACGAUUCCAAGGUGUAUUUAGUUCGCCACAAUCUCAAGCAUAUUUGCAGUGCAGUUUGAGGUUAUAAAUGUUCAUUGAAAUGAGUAUUUGAUAACUUAAAAAACUGAACUUGAGGCUAAAACCACGAGGCUUAGGCAGUUCGUGAUCUUGAUUCCACAGACGCGUUGGGAAAAUUCGACGCAGUGCACAGCAACCUUAGCUAUUGUGCGUCUAACAUUGAGCAAACAAAAACAUUAGUUUGAACUCGAAGGAUGAUAAACUAUUCCUUACUAAUUAGUAAAUGUGAUGUCUCUCAGUCGAGAGAAGCUUGCGCCAAAACAAAACUGCAGGCGAAUCUUUUUCCCUGUUGUUUGAUGGCCAAGUGGAGUUGUAAAUAUACAAAACUAAAAGUCAGUUAUAAACGAUUAU